ACUUUUCUGUGUACACACAUAACUUUGGUACUUGGUAUCCAAGCACCCACUUCCCUGGAACCCUGUGAUCACAGAUGAGGUUAUACCUUACCCAGCAGCCCACUUUCUCUGACAAAGGAGAGCAGGGCAGAGAACAGAGGAUUCAGCAAGGUCAAGUGUCAGGGCUUAGGUACCCAAGAGAGUGAUUAGAAGCGAUGUCACUGGCUGGAGAAGAGGUGCCUGGCUCCUGGUGAGGCUACCAGGCACCAAGGACUGUCCUGUGCCCUCCCUAGCAUGGACACCAGAGGCUGUGUCUGGUUGCUGCUGCUGCUGUCAUUACCACAGGGACAGAGCCACAAGCCUCUGCAUCGAUUCAAGAGAAGAUGGGUCCUCACCACCCUGGAACUGCAGGAGGAAGACCCAGGGCCCUUUCCUAAACUGGUUGGGGAGCUCUUCAAUAAUAUGUCAAAGAAUGUGUCACUGAUGUAUUUAAUCAGAGGACCUGGUGUGGACGAAUUUCCAGAGAUUGGUUUAUUCUCUAUAGAAGAUCACCAGAGUGGAAAAAUAUACGUUCACCGCCCUGUUGAUCGAGAAGUGACACCGUCUUUUAUGGUACACUUUGAUGCUGUAGAUCGAUCCACAGGGAAAGUUGUGGAUGAAUCCCUGAUUUUCAACAUUAGAAUCAGAGAUGUGAAUGAUCAUGCACCCCAGUUUCCUGAGAAGGAAUUCAACGUCAGUGUGAAAGAGAGCCAAGCCGCAGGUCAACCUAUUUUUCAGUUGUUAACGGUCGAUUUGGACCAAGAAAACACUCCAAACUCUCAAGUCCUUUAUUUCCUCGUCUCUCAAACGCCAUUACUGAGGGAAAGUGGCUUUCGGAUUGAUCUCAUCAGCGGGGAAGUGCGACUCUCGGGAUGCUUACAUUAUGAGACUGCUCCUCUGUUCACACUGAUCAUCAGAGCAAGUGAUUGUGGAGAGCCAUCACUGUCAUCCACGGCCACCGUUCACGUCAGUGUGGAAGACAGCAACAACCACAUGCCCACAUUUACGGAAGACCAUUACAAGAUUCAGAUUUCUGAAGGUCAAGUCGAACAGGGUGUGUUGUAUCUCCCUGUCCAAGAUGGAGAUUCUCCAUUUACACCAGCAUGGAGAACACAGUUCAACAUAUGGGAUGGCAACGAGGAGGGGCAUUUUGAUAUCGUGACUGACCCUGAGACCAACCAAGGGUUGUUAAGUAUUAUCAAGCCUUUGGAUUAUGAAUCUCAAGUAGCCCACAGCCUCGUCAUUGCUGUGGAGAAUCAGGAGCAGCUCUUCGUUUGUACAGAGGGCCAGCUGCAGCCAUUGAGGAAGGUGAUGGCCAGCACCGUGGUGAGCGUGCACGUGCUGGACACCAAUGACCCACCAGCCUUUUACCCUCAGAGCUUCAUCGUCAGUGAGGAGGAUGGAGCCUGGCCCGCCAUCCAGCUGGGAUACUUCAAUGCUACAGACCCAGACAGGGCUGACAGCCAGAUAAGAUACAAACUGGUUCAUGAUCCAGAAAAUUGGGUGACCGUGGAUGAGAAGUCAGGAGUGGUGACCACCAAGAAGCAAAUAGACCGGGAGUCCCCUCAUGUGAAUGACAGCUUCUAUACAAUCGUAGUCCAUGCGGUUGACAAUGGCCUUCCCCCACUGACUGGCACUGGGACUCUGAUGCUAUUCCUAUCUGAUGUCAACGACAAUGCUCCAACUCUCCAGCCCCAUUCCCGACACUUGGAGGUCUGUGAGUCGGCUGGGAGCCAGCCCCUGCUGUUAGAAGCUGAGGAUGCGGACCUGGACCCCUACGCUGACCCCUUUACCUUUGAUUUGGACGAUGCUCAGGGAGAUGUGGAAGAGACUUGGAUGCUGAGGACAAAGCAGGGGGAAGGCCGCUCUGCUGAACUCACAAUGCUGAGAAGCGUCCCACCCGGAGAUUACUUGGUGCCACUCUUCAUAGCCGACAGACAGGGCCUCGCCCAGAAGCAGACAGUCCAUGUGAGGAUCUGCUCCUGCCGCAGUGACUCUGAAUGUGAGGAGCCUUCAGACAUAUGGAUCCUGUGGUGGGCCCUGUCCCCAGUUGGUGCAGCACUUAUGGUUCUGUCAGCGUCUCUCCUUUGCCUGCUGCGGUGCUCCUGCAUACUUGGACCCAAGAGGCUCAGAAGCUUCAUCCCAAGUGACAGUGGCCACCAGACACUGAUUGUGUAUAACGAGGAAAGCAAAGCCCUUUCAGCCCAGGGCUGUGACACUUUCUUUGAGCCAAGAGGAGUGAAAAAUGUGCUGUCUUCCACCCCGGUCUACCUGGAUCGCAUGGUGCCCAGACGGCCCCUGCAGCUGCUGGAAGGAAGGGUGGUGGAGGCAUGGAGCCAGAAGCUCCAGAGAAUUGAUGUUCCGGAAGGUGACGCUGCCUACCCGCCUCAUGUUUACAGAGAGGAGGGAGAGUGUGAAGGAGCUGAGACCCUCAGCUCUCUAACCUUCUUGGAGCAGGACCUCUCCCCAAAGUUGCUGGGCUGCUCAGGCUCAAAAAUCUGCUCCAUCUGAAGCAAUGUGUUUUACAUCAAGAGUUCCUUCAUAAAGGUGUAUGAGGGGCAUGAUCUGAGAAAAUGAUCACUAUUCAUGGACCUCUCCUUUUGUUCUUUAUUCUUAGUCACAUCCUAGUCUGCAGUGGUUGUGUUACAGUCACUUGGGAAACAUAUAGGAGAUGUACCUCUAGCAUGUCAGUGGGGGGUUAUCUUGUUUGGGUUAAAAGAGACGGGAAGAGCUGUCCACUGUGGACGGCAUCAUUCCCUAGGCUGUGGGUGAUGCCAUUCCCUGUCUGGGAUCAUGGACUGUGUACAUGGAGAAAACAAGCUGAGCAUCAGCGUUCACGACUCUCUGCUGUCUGAUCUCAGACAAAUACGGCUGGCUGCUUUAGACUCUUGCCACCUCAACUUCAUACCUUGUACUGUGAGCCAGAAUAAACCCUUCCUCCUCUA